GGCGAAAUCAAGUGCAAUAUACUAAGAGGAUCGUCAAAUAGUAUCUCGAACAAAAGUCAAAUCGUCAAAAGAAUGGUCCAGACACGAUCCGGUCAAGCCUCGACGGCUGGUGAAUCAAAGACAAAACCUACGUUGAAAGCAACCAAGACGAAGAAAGCAGAUACUUAUAAGAAAACAGAAGAAGUCAUCAAAGAAGCAGUCAAUGAAGAUAAGAAGGAACCAUCCACGGUGACACUGCCUGAAAAGCGUAAGAGAGACGAGGAAGCUGAACAACCUCUACCGAACAAGACUAUGAAAGAGGAUGGAGAAGAGACGCGUAACGUCAAGAACGAGGUAGAUCAGGGAAAGAGUGAAAGUGUCACAUCUACCAUGGCACACAAAAUUCACAAGACGAUCGACGAAUACGGCACUUUGCCUCUGGAAGGACUUGGAGUGGAUAAACCACUAGAGCCCACGCCAGAGGUACUACUAGCGAUGGUCAUCGACUCGAUGUUGAAAUCAACUCGCAUUUCACACAAUCUCGCACAAAAGGCUUCGACGAGUGUAUUUAAAGCUGGAUAUCACGAUAUCAAGGUACUGAGCAAGACGUCAUGGGACGAUAGGGUUCAAGUAUUGGCUGAAGGGGGCUAUAACCGUUAUCGUGAGACGACUGCCACUAAACUGGGGGACUUGGCUCAGUUGGUGAAUGAGAAAUACGAUGGAGAUCUCAACAACCUGUUGAAAAAAGCAGGAGACAAUCCAACCCAAAUACGGCAUCUGAUUCGAGAAGUCAAGGGAUUUGGAGAUGUGGCUACUGAUCUCUUUUGCGAUGAUGCGCAGGCAGUCUGGCCAGUUCUUGCUCCGACAAUUGACCAUCGCAGUCUUGAUACUGCUAAAGAAGUUGGUAUUGGGACGGAUAUCGUUGCGAUAUACGCCGAAUUAGAUAAAGAUCCUGUUCAAAUGAGCAAGCUGGCAAGGGGUCUUUCGGCAGUGAGGUUAUCAAAGCAUCAGGAGGAUAUUGAACAUGAAAAAUGAAACUGCGAAGAACUAUCAAGAAUUGUUAUUUCAUUCUAGCAUGUUAUCAAUGAGGUAUUCUCGCAGUUGUUCCGUAGUAUAGAUCUUCCGGCGGAAAAUAUCCUGACAAACACUGUUGAAAGCUUUCUUAUUUUGUUGAUGCUCCAUUAUCAAAAGAUGGCGAGAAUUCCGACAAAGUUCAAAGACAAACAUUAGUCUAUACUUCGGGAUGGUUUCUCUUGCACUUUUCACCAUAUGAUGGUCUCGGUUGAGAAAUCCGAAUUGAUUGUAUAAACCCUCAUACCGAGGGUUGCCUUUAGCUUUUCCGUAGGCCGGAAUUCCGUGUCUCUGAAGAUGAAGCCACAUCCGAGAGAUAUCUCCAUGAGCAAACUCGUUGUGUAUGGGCUCUGACUCUGGCGACUUUUCAAGAGAAUCCAGGUGGUCUUCCAACGGGAAGAGAUUAUCUUCUGUUAGCGAGCAUACGGCAGCAUAUUUCCGAAGCUGAUCUUUGUCUUUGUCAUCGACCAGGACAAUAGGUUCUUCGGCGUUGAAACCGAAGAGCCCUGAAUCGAUUGCUUCUCCCUUACUCAUAUGCACGACGUAGUUCCGAGCAAUGUACAGAAACGGAUUGUUCAGAAAAGUCAACAACCGUGCAGUCUCCUCUAUGUGGUGGAAAUUCAUGUAAGACGAACUGAUCACCACGGCCUUGGCCUGUUUUGCAUCAGCCAAUAAGUGGUCGGCGAGAAUAUGUUCUGGGAUAGUUUCGAGUAACCUCGUCACAGUAUCAAUAUAGACUAAAUCCUUUGAUGGGUCGAUCCAUGUCUUUGCCCACCGUUUGUCAGGUCCAUCGACAUUCUCUGCCCAACGUAGACGUCCAUGCUGAAACGCGACGCUGCGAGCCUCUUUACAGACGCAGGCAAUCGAAGGUGGCCGCUGCCAGAUUUGUAUAAAGUCCUUGCUGGGCCCUGGACAUGGGUUUCUCGAAUCCAAGGAUAUGAUUCGGCGGGGUAGGCUGGCUCGCCAGAUUUCCAGUCGAAUUUCUGUGGGAAGCCGAGGGAAUAAGUGGAAUCUUGUGUCCUCGUUCCGGGAACUCGAAUCCGUCUGCGAAGUUUCCAUUUUGAAUAUUCAUGAAUAUCUUGGCAGAAAUCC